GGGCUGGAGUACAGUGAAGUGCUGCCCGACUCCUUCCCCUCAGCCCCAGCAGAGACCCUCCCUCACUUCCUGCUGGAGCCACAGGAUGCCUACAUCGUGAAGAACAAGCCCGUGGAGCUCGUCUGCCGCGCCAACCCCGCCACCCAGAUCUACUUCAAGUGCAACGGGGAGUGGGUCAGCCAGAAUGACCACAUCACCAAGGAGAGCCUGGAUGAGGUCACUGGGGUGCUGGUGAGGGAGGUGCAGAUCGAGGUCUCCCGGCAGCAGGUGGAGGAGCUCUUUGGCUUAGAAGAUUACUGGUGCCAGUGUGUGGCCUGGAGCUCUGCUGGCACCACCAAGAGCCGCCGGGCGUACGUCCGCAUCGCUUACCUACGGAAGAACUUUGACCAGGAGCCCCUGGGCAAGGAGGUCCCACUGGAGCACGAGGUGCUGCUGCAGUGUCGCCCACCCGAGGGGGUGCCACAGGCUGAGGUGGAGUGGCUGAGGAAUGAGGAUGUCAUUGAUCCCACCCAGGACACCAACUUCUUGAUCACCAUUGAUCACAACCUCAUCAUCAAGCAGGCCCGGCUCCUGGACACUGCUAAUUACACCUGCAUGGCCAAGAACAUCGUGGCCAAGCGCCGGAGCACCACGGCUGCUGUCAUCGUCUAUGUGAAUGGUGGCUGGUCCACCUGGUCCGAGUGGUCUCCUUGCAACAACCGCUGUGGCCGGGGCUGGCAGAAGCGCACCCGGACGUGCACCAACCCCGCGCCCCUCAACGGGGGCUCCUUCUGUGAUGGGCAGCCUUUCCAGAAAAUCACCUGCACCACCCUCUGCCCAGUGGAUGGUGCCUGGACAGAGUGGAGCAAGUGGUCAGCCUGCAGCACCGAGUGCACCCACUGGCGCAGCCGCGAGUGCGCGGCCCCGGCCCCCCGCAACGGCGGCAGGGACUGCUCUGGGCUGCUCCUCGACUCCAAAAACUGCACCGACGGGCUCUGCCUGCACAAUAGAAGAGUUCUAAGUGAACCCAAAAGCCACCUGCUGGAGGCCACGGGUGACGUGGCCCUGUACGCCGGGCUGGUGGUGGCCAUUUUUGUCUUCGUGGUGAUCCUGAUGGCCGUGGGGGUGGUGGUGUACAGGAGGAGGUGCCGGGAUUUCGACACGGACAUCACCGACUCCUCGGCCGCUCUGACGGGAGGUUUCCACCCUGUCAACUUCAAGACCUCCCGGCACGACAACCCCCAGCUGCUGCACCCCUCGAUGCAGCCCGACCUGACGGCCAGCGCCGGGAUCUACCGCGGCCCCGUGUAUGCCCUGCAGGACUCCUCCGACAAGAUCCCCAUGACCAACUCCCCCCUCCUCGACCCCCUCCCCAGCCUCAAGAUCAAGGUGUACAGCUCCUCCACCACCACCUCCUCCUCCCCCGGGCUCCACGACGGGACCGACCUGCUCGGGGGGAUCCCCUCUGCUGGGACCUACCCAGGGGAGAGCAGCAGGGACGGCCACUUCGGCAACGCGUGGAACAAAUCCCUGGGUUCCCAGCAUCUCCUCAGCUUGCCCCGGGAACACGGCUACAGUGCCAGUGGCACCUUUGGCUACCUGGGGGGAAGGUUGACCAUCCCAGGCACUGGGGUGAGCCUGCUGGUGCCUCAUGGUGCCAUCCCCCAGGGGAAGUUCUACGAGAUGUACCUGGUCCUCAACAAGGCGGAGAGCGCCAGCCUGCCCUCUGAGGGCACGCAGACAGUGCUGAGCCCAGCAGUCACCUGUGGCCCCACCGGCUUGCUCCUCUGCCGCCCCGUGGUCCUGACCCUUCCCCACUGUGCUGACGUCAGCUCCUCAGAUUGGAUCUACCAGCUGAAAACACAGUCCCACCAAGGAAACUGGGAGGAAGUUGUGACCCUGGAUGAGGAGACCCUCAACACUCCCUGCUACUGCCAGCUGGAAGCCAAGUCCUGCCACGUUUUGCUGGACCAGCUUGGCACCUACGUCUUCGUGGGCGAGUCCUACUCCAGGUCAGCCAUCAAGAGGCUCCAGCUGGCCAUCUUUGCCCCCACUGUCUGCACCUCCCUGGAGUACAGCCUCAAGGUCUACUGCCUGGAGGACACGCCAGAUGCUCUGAAGGAGGUGCUGGAGCUGGAGCGGACGCUGGGCGGGUACCUGCUGGAGGAGCCCAAGCCCCUGCCCUUCAAGGACAGCUACCACAACCUGCGUCUCUCCAUCCACGACAUCCCCCAUGCACUGUGGAGGAGCAAGCUGCUGGCCAAGUACCAGGAGCACUGGUUUGCACAUGCUCUUUCUUGGUUGGCUGGUAUCUGUGGGGGGAGCGGCAGCCAGCGAGCCCUGCACUGCACCUUCACCCUGGAGAGGUACAGCCAGGCCUCCUCCGAGCUCACCUGCAAGAUCUGCGUCAGGCAGGUGGAAGGGGAAGGCCAGAUCUUCCAGCUCCACGUCACGCUGGGAGAGCACGCCGGCUCCUUCGACACCCUCCGCUCCCACCAGAGUGGUACCAUCACCACCACCACCACCCAGCUAGGACCCUACGCCUUCAAAAUCCCCCUCUCCAUACGGCAGAAGAUCUGCAACAGCCUGGAUGCCCCCAGUUCCAGGGGCAACGACUGGAGACUUCUGGCCCAGAAGCUUUCCAUGGACCGGUAUCUGAACUACUUUGCCACCAAAGCCAGCCCCACUGGGGUGCUCCUGGACUUAUGGGAAGCCGAGCAUCAAGACGAUGGUGACCUCAACACCCUGGCCAGUGCCUUAGAGGAGAUGGGCAAGAGCGAGAUGCUGGUGGUCAUGGCCACAGAGGGGGACUGCUGA